AUGACACAAAACUAUUUAAAUAAUAGGCUGGGCUAAGACCAGUAUUGGAUACCAAGGGAGAAGACAAGCUAUUCAGGAUGUUGUGGUGCUCCCAAACUGCAUGUGGGAACAGGGCCUCUAUCACCAGUGAGAGGGCGAAAGCUGAAAGACUUGAUCCAUUUUAAUUGAUAAUACCAAGUCUAGGACAGGUUGGGGUCACAGUACAUCAAACGUUUGCCUGAUCUGUUAUUUCAUCUUACCUGCACUGGACUCUCACUGUAUAAGUAACUCCAAACUGUUUGCCGUACAAAAUGGUUCACUCCAAACCUAUACGUCACUUACAAUUUACCUAAGCCAAAAAUGGUUUGUCCCAAUCAGCUGUUGCACCCUGUGUAGUUCAUUCCAGGCACACCCUUCCCAAUAAAAAUGGUUUGCUCCAUCAUUAGAGAAAUUUAGCAAUUAGGUACGCGUAGGACGGCAGCAUAAGACAAGAAGGAAGCUAAUUAUUAAUUAUUCUAUUUUCUCAGAUUGAAGAAAACUGACGUCUCUUUCCACGGUUCUCAGGUUAGCGUUAUUUCAAGUUUCCCUCCCCCCUUUUUUCAAAGUGGCUCCAUCCAAUCUUCAUACUGAAUAGUAAAGGAACGUGCCAUUCAGCGUACGGAGGGUGUCUUUCUAACCUAUCGCUCGUCUGUGGUAGGAACCACCAACCACAGGGUCGAUUUGUGGCGACCGCAUUCAUACGGGAGCGUGUCAGGCAGGCCGGGCUAAUGGAGCGGUGCGCCUGCGUAGAGAGGGAGGUGGACAAAGUGCUGCAGAAGUUCCUGUGCUACGGCCAGCAUUGUGAGCGAGGCCUGGAAGAGCUGCUGCGUUACGUCAGCCAGCUAAGGGAGGAGCUGGGCGCUGCAGCCUUGCAGCGAGGACCUCUUUCUGCUACACUCUCCCUCGUUAUGUCUCAAUGCUGUAAGAAGAUUAAGGACACUGUUCAAAACUUAGCUUCAGAUCACAAAGAUAUUCACAGCAGUAUCUCCCGCGUGGGCAAAGCAAUAGAUAGAAAUUUUGAUGCUGAUUUGUGUGGCAUUGUCCCUGCUCUGGUCUGGGAAACUCAAGAGAAACAGAUCCUGGUAUUGGCAAUUAUAGAACAUCUCUAUCAACAAGGAAUGCUGGGGGUGGCUGAAGAACUGUGUCAGGAAUCAACUGUGAGUGUGGAUGUAGAUUUCAAAAAACCAUUCCUGGAACUGAACAGCAUUCUGGAAGCUCUGCACAAACAAGACUUGGGACCUGCUCUGAGCUGGGCAGUCUUCCACAGGCAGCAGCUGGCCGAUCUGAACAGUACUCUGGAGUUUCAGCUGCAUCGGCUCCAUUUCAUCAGACUUCUUUCUGGCGGGCCCGGCAAGGAGUUGGAGGCCCUGAGCUAUGCACGUCACUUUCAACCCUUUGCCCACUUACACAAGCAAGAGAUCCAAGUGAUGAUGGGAAGUCUGGUAUACCUACGCUUAGGCCUUCAGAAUUCUCCAUAUAGGCAUCUACUGGAUGAAAGUCAUUGGACAGAGAUUUGUGAGACUUUCACUCGUGAUGCGUGUUCCUUGCUGGGUCUCUCAGUGGAGUCGCCUCUCAGCGUCAGUUUUGCCGCAGGGUGUGUAGCGUUGCCAGUUUUGAUGAACAUCAAGGCUGUGAUUGAGCAGAGACAAUGCACGGGUGUCUGGAGCCACAAGGAUGAGCUGCCCAUUGAAGUUGAGCUAGGAAUGAAAUGCUGGUAUCAUUCAGUCUUUGCAUGUCCCAUCCUGCGCCAACAGACCACAGAUUCCAAUCCACCUAUCAAGUUGAUUUGUGGACAUGUUAUUUCUAGAGAUGCUCUCAACAAGCUUAUCAAUGGAGGGAAACUGAAGUGUCCAUAUUGCCCCAUGGAACAAAACCCAGCAGAUGGAAAACGUCUCAUCUUUUGAUAAUGGCAAGACUUGUUAUGAAAUAGGCUCUUCAAAUACAGCAGUUGUGUGCAAGCAGAACUCUAUAAGGUCCUGCUUAAUAUAACAGCUGCUAUACAAUGGAAGCUGAUUAGUUUAGUGGGCCAGACAAAAACUUCCCAGGUUGAGGCAAUGCAAUAUCCUGUACAUAUACUCCGUGUCUGCCUGUUUUGGGCUUCAUCCUGGCAGCUUCAACAGGCAAUGCUCCUGAUGUAGAGUUUAUCCUGUCCCUAGUCACAAUUCUGUUUCUUGUUGGAUUAUACCACAAGUGCUGUAUGUGGAGCUGCUAUCCCUACUUUUAAUGCUUACAGAUUACCAAAUUCUUGAAAACAGAAGUAUGUUUCAGAAAAAUGCAAUAUAUCUGUGGUAAGAAAAGCAUGUGGGGAAUCCAGCUUACUCUUGAAGAAAAAUGUCAAGUAAAUUAGAAUGGAAAUGAGGAACAGUUGUAGGCUUGCUGGUGUUUCCUAACAUUUUA